GAUCGUUGAAUUAAUUAAAAACGAGGGAUUUACAAGAGUUUAUCGUGCUGUUUUUAAGAAUAAAGUUACCGUUAUAUUAAAAUCAUUCGAAAAUAAUGAUCUAAUUAUUAAUGAGGUCAUUAACGAGCUUAAGUUAUAUCAUAGAGUGGGCGUACACCCCAACAAUAUACGUUUUAAUGGUAUUACUAGAAAAGAAGGAGAUUCAAGUAUCAUACCUUAUAUUUUGAUUUUUGAAAACGUCAACGGUGGAACUUUAAGAACAUAUUUACAAGAAAAUUCACAACACCUUUCAUGGAAUGAUAUGAUUAAAUUAUCAUUGCAAAUUGCAAGUGCUGUUAGAUAUUUACAUGCUAAAGGAAUAUAUAAUCUUGGAUUGUGUUCGGACAAUAUAUUUAUACAUAAUAAAAAUAUAAAACUUGAAGAUUACGGGCUUUCAAAUAAGUUAAAGGGACAAAUUGUUAGAUAUCAACAUCUCAGAUUUAAUAAAAAAUCCGAUGUAUACAAUGUUGGCUUCCUUAUGCAAGAGAUUUACUGCAACAUUCAAUUUACUGAAAAUAUUGUCGGCCCUAUAGAAAAAUAUAUUAAGAUUUAUGAAGAUUUUCGUAAUUGA